ACGCUUCAGUCACUUUUAUUACCAAACGAAACUUGGCAUAGGAUUAUGUUGAUAAUAAACAGUGGAAAUGAUAAAACAGAGCAAUAAUCGAUGAACAUUUUUCUCUGCAUACUAUAUGAUGUCCCAAAGUUGAAGUGAGUUGAACAUUUCAUAAAUGCUAGUUGAUGUUGAUCAUCAGUAAACAGUGUAUCAAAUCCUGCCCACGGGUAUGUUUUUACGCUUAUUCGGAGAACAUCGAUUUUUAAAAUGCCGGGACGCGUUAACAGUGACAAUGUGUUUACCUACGAGACUUUGGUUCACGCUCUCUCGGGGGCAGCGGGAAGUGUUGUGGCAAUGACGACAUUUUUCCCGCUCGACACGGUGCGCAGCAGAUUACAACUUGAAGAAGGCCGUGAGGCUAAGAACACUGUGACCAUUAUUCGGGAGUUGAUUGCAAAGGAAGGAUUCUCGACAUUAUACAGAGGAAUGGUACCGGUACUUCAGAGUCUCUGCGCCAGUAACUUUGUCUAUUUUUACACUUUCCACGGCCUCAAGAUCUUGCGAAGUUCUAGGGGACAGAAUGCUGGAAAUGAUCUGCUUAUGGCCUCAAUCGCUGGUAUAAUUAACGUUUUAACGACAACUCCACUAUGGGUCGUCAAUACAAGGCUAAAGAUGAAAGGAAUUGUCUCUCACGACGAACAUAACAGGAGUGACUUUAAUACACUUUACGAGGGUCUCAUCUACAUCUGGAAAACCGAAGGUAUCCAGAAGCUGUGGUCUGGGACGUUACCGAGCUUACUUUUGGUCUCGAAUCCCGCCAUUCAAUUCAUGACCUACGAGGCUAUUAAGAGACGAAUAGCGAAAAAUUUCGGCACGGUACCUCCACCAGCUGUUGUGUUCUUCGUAAUUGGAGCCAUUGCAAAAACCGUUGCGACUAUUGUGACUUAUCCAUUACAACUGGCUCAAACCAAAUUAAGGCACGGCCACACGUAUUCUGAUUUAUGGCCUCAAGCUGGUACUCUACAAAUUCUCCUUCACAUUCUGAAGAGAAAUGGAAUUAGCGGCUUAUACAAGGGAAUGGAGGCAAAACUUUUGCAGACAGUCCUGACAGCUGCUCUGAUGUUCUCAGCUUAUGAAAAAAUCGCUGCAUUUGUUUUCAAAUUACUAUUAUGGAAGCAACAUAUGUGAUG